AUGAAUCCAGUUGAUCAAAGUGAGCCAGUGGGAGAGCUCAUUCGGGACAUCCAUCGGAUGAUGCAGGAAAUGAAUGGAGAUGUGAAAAACAUGAACGCCCGUAUGGACAAGAUGGAUGAUCGUAUGGAAAAGAUGGAUGAUCGUAUGGAAAAGAUGGAUACUCGUAUGGAAAAGAUGGACGCCCGUAUGGAAAAGAUGGACGCCCGUAUGGAAAAGAUGGACGCCCGUAUGGAAAAGAUGGACGCCCGUAUGGAAAAGAUGGAGGUCGAUUUGAAACAAGUAGGAGUUAAUCUCAAAGAACUGGAGACCCAUUUUGCAGAGCUUUCCAACAACGUCAACCAUCAGCUGCCCAUAAAUAAUCUUACAUGCUAUGCCAGGGCUGCCAACUCGAAUGUGUCAAAAGACCAGUCCCAGUUGGAAGUUGUUCCAUAUCGUAAUGGAAGUAUGCCAGGUGCUGAGUUCCCAGUUACCUUUGGGGAAUUCAAGACGCUCUCAGGGGUACGCCUCGCAAUUCUUCUGAAUGGAUAUGGGGUGCUUGGAAGCCAAAUUCCCAUCGACACCGAGGAGAGAUCAAAAUUAGUUGCCAAGUAUAUUGGGGUCCCUUGGGAAAAAUGA